CAACAUUCCCACAGAGCCCAGUUGCACUUUUUCACUCGCAAAAUCAUGUUUCUGGUUCAUUAAUUUGCAUUUGAAGACGACUUCCACGCUCCUUCCCUUCUUCGACCCUUGCCUGCUCACAAAAAAGUGUCAUAUAUAAUCAGAUGGAUCGGGUCCCAGACGUUGCUGUUAGUGUACCUCUACAUACAGAAAUAGAAGGCAGAAGCAAAGAACGUUUUGAAAAGGUGCAUAAAUAUAUAUGUUCCUUCAUCGUCAUGCUAGGCGGUUUCCUCCCACUGAAGCAAGGAGCUAGAAAUGAGUCUCUAUUCGACACAGACUAUCCGGCUAUGGUGUCCCUUAUUGUUGCGCUAAUUGCUUAUGGCGGAUUACUAAUUGCCUCUAGAAUACUCCACGUGCAAGCUCACCCUAAUUCGGAUUUGGCAGAAUCAAUGAUCAAUAAGAUUAGCCUCCUCUUUGGAACUCUUGCCUUGAUUUUGGAAAUAGUAAUCCUCGUGCCAGGUUUAGGGAAAGUCGCCGGAUUCUUCUGGGUUGGUUGGUUUUUGAAGGUUGUAGCUGAGUACGCCAGCGAAUACCUUAAAACGUUGUAUGAAAGUGCAGUUGCAUUAGUUGUUCGUACAUUUGAUAAAUUGGAAGACUAUCUGAAUAUGAUCAUCCAACGUUUUGCAACAGAACCUGAAGAACAAACUGAUGAGCUUCCUCAAGUAACUUCUACCACGGUUUAGGUUUGGGGUAUUAUUUUUACUCGUUAUUAUUUUUCUUUAUUUUGUUGAGUUAGAUUAUAUUGAAUAGGUUGUUGUAUCCUGGGUUCGAACUCCCUCUCCCUUAAAUUAUUGUAAUGGUUUUGAAACUCCCCUCCCCUAAAUAUUGUAAUAAUUUCGAAACUCCCUUCCUCAAAAUCAUUGUAAUAGUUUCAAACUCUCUUUCCUUUUUUUUUUUUUAUAAUAAUAAUUUAAGAAGAAACUAUAUCGAACUCAGCUUGUGCAAUAUUAUAAAUAUAUGAUUAGAAGAGCAAGCCUAGUAUCAAAACUGUAAACCUAA